GAAUAUACACCGUUGAAACAAAAGGCAAGCAAGCACCAUGGUUGCCGCGGAACUCUGAAAUCGCGUGUCUUAAAAGUUCAAUCAAUCUAUCUUCUAUUACCAUUACCGCGACUUCAAAGUAAUAAUGCCUAGUAGUAGAAGUAAUAAUGCUAAAACUCCAAAGAAUCAUGGUGGAACUGGAAACAAUCCCAAUCCCAAUACAAACUCAAACCUUACUUCUCUAGAAACUAUUUGCUAUGAAGGAAAACAUCUAACCAAUCUGCUCCAAUCAAUCCUUAGGGGGGUCGAAUCAGCAAGACAUUUGGAUGGAAGUUCUUUGCCAGAAAAGAUAUGGAUAAAGCAACAAUUUGCUAUUGGGGUCAAUGACGUAACUCGUGUCCUGGAGCGUAUGAAACCAUGUGCAGAGUUUGAAAGGUCAGCUCAACUCCUCCCUUCAAUCACAAGCAAUCAUAAAACACCUUCAGUUAAACUUCAGGCUGUGCUUGUAGCUUCUGACUGUAGCUCACGAUGGCUGACAAAGCAUCUUCAGAGUUUGGCUUCAUCAAGGAGUGUUCCACUGAUAUUUGUUAAGGAUAAUAAAGAAGGUUCUUUGAGAUUAGGUGAACUUGUUAAAUUGAAAACUGCCAUUACUAUUGGAAUUAAGGUUAAAGGAAACGCUAUUAAUAAAAUUGUCGAGGAUAUUAUUCAAGUCGAUGGAUGUAGACUCCAACCUGGAAUCAAAUUCAGCUGGAAUAUUUGACGAUUUUCAACACCAUGACAAAAAGGGAAACUUUGUCACAGAUAUAAUUUAAUCACUGAAUUUAGGAUUAACAUCUAUUUUUGUCCCCGUGUAGUUUUUUCUUUCUUUUUGGGGUUAAAAAUUGUUUAGUUAUUUGUAGCUUGCUACCUGUUACAUUUCUAAAAUUCUAAAGUUUGAGCAACAUAAUUCUUUAUCAUCAUAGAGUAUCAAGAGAAGCCUUUAAGUUGUUCUUUCUCGUUCAA